AUGGACUUCCUGGUGGAGGCAUAUCUAGACUACCGCUACCGAGACUCUGGCAAUGGCAUGCCCCGCUUUGACGAAACACGUGCACCAUCACCUUCGGACAACUCGGACGACACUCAACGUGUUUCAUCAUUGAGCGACAUUGAGCUCAUUGACAUCUUUAGGCGCAAGCGCUCAUCUCUUCAACCGCAACCCUUUCAUAAAUAUCCCAAUGAAAUUUUAAUAUACCAUGGUUAUAUUGGUUGUGCACCAUUGUAUCCGAAUGUUGCCAUAUCUCUACAAACUCUAGCUGCAUACCGCCAGACACACCGAGUGUGUCCAACGUUUAGUUUUCAAGCGCAGUGCAAAACGCUAUGUUUUCUUCAUGAUAUCCCUUACCACCCUUACCUCAGCACACAACUAUCAGCUGCUUUUGACGUGUACCUUGAAAUUCUUCAUCACGUUGAUCAGCAUCUUUUCACAGCCCUCAAACGCAAUACUCCACAUUGGCGCCUUCUCAACUCAUGCCCAGCAUGUUUUCAUAUACUUGAGGAUGAGCCCAAACUGGAAUUCAACUGGCUCGUGUCAAUUGAUGGCAACAACAGUUUGAAGAGGUGGGACUCUACAAUAUAUGGGACAAGUGCAAGACUAGACUCUCGCAAGGCCUGCUCUGAUUUUUGGAUUGAUCCUGGGACUGUAGACAAGUUUAAUGGUGAAGCGGUGCCAGAAGAACGCACUCAUUGGGAGGAUGAUACGGCAGCUGAAACCAACCCUGGUUCAUUCAGCUGUGCAGAUCGGUGGAAGAAUGUUGGCCUCAAAGUACGCAAGAAGAUGUUUUCUGUAUUCGACGAAUCGGGCAUUUUCAUAGCUGCGUGUCACCAUCGCUUCAUACUUCUAGCUUCCAACAUGAUCCGAAGCGGAGAAUUGUCGAAAUAUCCACUUGCCAUUCUUGACAAGCUUCUUACUGUCUACGGCAAGGAUGGAGCUUGUGUGUAUGAUAUUGGAUGCACAUUUAUGAAAACACUAGCACACCAGCUUGGCUUUUGUCUCAUGGUCGGUGCCUUUCACGGGCAUGCUCACAAUCGGAAAUUAUAUAUUCCAGGGACAGGACACAGCAAAGGAGAGGGCUGUGAGCACAUAUUUUCAGCAUCAAAUGCACUUGCUUGUGGCACCCAACAUGGAAGCAAGUUCCAUCAGCACCAGACGAUCAAACAACACUUCACGUUUUGGAAUGAUGAUAAAUACGCUGCUCUUAGUAAGCUCUUUCUAACCUUGUUCUACAAUGAUGAUUUGACUGCCAUCAAAGCUGAAUUGAAUAUUGUUGAUGAAGACUUCCCUCGCUACCUCCAGGAAGAACGCGCCUAUCUCGAUAGCUUGAAGCAGCUGCCUGCAAGAGACCAGAUCUCCAAUAAUGCUCUUACCGGCAUUGCUGCCAGCAGCUUGGAGGAGAUCAAUCAAGUGCUCGCCCAAGCUUGCAUCUGUGUUGACUCCUCAUAUGCAAAAUUACAGCAUGCUGAAGCGCUAGUGGCACAUGUCGAAAUACAGCUAGCCAUGGAAGUGCGAUGGGAGAUAGGCGGGCCAGAAUACAACCAAUUCAAGAUGGAGGCACGUCUUGGAAAGUAUCGCACUGCACUCAAUGAGUUGGAGCACUUAGUAGUCAUGCGGUUAUUCGAGCUUUCAAAACUGUCAUUAUCAGGGACAGGGUAUAAGCUACAUCAGCAGAUCAGCAAGGCUUUGCAACAGCGAUCUGAGGCUAUACGAAACGCAAUUGAUCGCUACAAUAUCCAGGCAGUCACUUUAAAUCCCCCGCAUCCGAAGAUUUUGUGGAAAGAUAUUGCUGACUAUAGUUUUAUUGGCGAGUUUGAUCUUUUACGCCAUUCACGGACGGAUAUUCAGACCAAUGAUUGGGCAGAACCAGCCCAUCGCGAAGCAACUACUAAGUAUUUCAAAUUAUGUCAAGCUCAUGAAGAAGUUACACGACUUAAUGUUGAAAUUUGCCACUUACGCACUGCCAUGCACACUGAAGAAAUUCAAACAACUGCCGUCAUACAGGAUCUACUUAUUUCGGAUCAAAAACUUGCUCGGGAGCUGCAGCACCAAUGGUGUUCACGUGCCACUAUCAAUGCAGUACACUCCUAUCGCUUAGAUCGUAUCGAGAGCCUUGCUGGAUUCUCAGGUGUUAGGGGUACUCGGAAUGUUGAUGACAUUGGUGCACUUAUCAGCUCUGACUAUACCAACAUGGAUGCUAUUGAUCGCGAAGAGCGCGACAUGACAACAGAGGAUAUGGCCGAUUAUUUACAUUCCAUCAUUGACUGA